AUGGAAAGAAUGUUUGAUGAUGUUAGGGAGCAGUUUGAUAUUGCAAUUCAGUCCGAUCAACUACAAAUCAUUGCAGCAGUCGAGAAGUACGCCCAGCAGGCUCUAUGCGACACUCGAGAUAUCAAGAAAAAUGCGCAGAGGAUUGAAGACCAUAUCCGAGACCUUAAAGAUGAUGCUCGUGAUAUUAUACAUGAUGUCAGUCUUUUUAAUCAGAGUAUUAAUACAAAUCAUACAAACAUCGUCCAACAUGCUCAAGACGUUAAGGAUAGCAUCCAGGAUUUAAAAUGCACAAUCACUCAGCAAAGUUUGGAUUUCGAGUCUCAUGAAAAGAUAAAAGCCCGAGAAUCUAAGAAAAAGGACCUUCUCCAUUGGUUGUCGACUGCAGACCCGAAAACAAACCAUGACUUGGCGCGAAGACACUUUGAACCUGGCGCCGGGUCAUGGUUUCUUCAAAGUUAUGAAUACAGCAAUUGGAAGACGAGCGAUAACUCCUUCCUUUGGGUUCAGGGUCUAUCAGGCUGCGGCAAAACAAUUCUGUGCUCAACAGUUGUUCAGGAUAUGAUCGAUUAUUGUGCCAAUAAUUCUGACCGUUUCAUCGCAUAUUACUACUUCUCUUUCAAUGGAACUGAAAAACAAAUGCCAAUAAUUAACUGCGCUCUGUUCUCACACAGUUCCUCGUCAGAUAUGACGCCGCGCUCGACGAUGCUUUAG